CUCCAACACUGUGAGUUGACGGUGCAGCACUGCUUAAUUGGACUCCGCGAGUUUAACUGGUCCUCCAUCAGUCUCCUGUGGAUUUAUGUGAAGAUAGCAAGCUUUAAAGAAGACUUAAGAGCAGGCAUUAGACAGUGAAGCAGCAGUAUGUUCAGAGCAGUGUUUGGAAACAAGAGAGAGGGAGGAGGAAAACGAGGAGAGAAAAAGAACCAAAGACAUCCAGGAAGUGAAGUGUACACUCACAGCACUUUGCAGAAGGGUAGUCGUGGGCGUGCCACACAUGUCAAGGAUCAUGCCACUGACCCGGUAAAACUGAGGAGACUGACCAAGGGAGCGUCCAUUUCCUUACCGUCCUCCCCUCUCCUCCCUCGACAGGCCGACAUAGUUCCCUCCCACUCGUGCAUGAAGUUCCCAGGACGGGUAAGGCAGCGAGAGUAUGUGGAUGGCUCUUCCAACACGAGAGAUCCCCUUGUCUUUGCCUCGUGCCGUGGCAGGACAGACCAGAGAGACCUCCACGUGGAGCCCCAGCUGGGCUCCUCCCUUUCUACCCAGGAACUGAUGACCAGACUAUGCUUCUUAUUGGGAGAAGCAACGCCUGGCACUGUUAGCUCUCCUAUGGAGGACAGGAGGGAAAAGAAGUGUGAUUCCUCUGCUCAGGGGGGGAGCCCCAGCUCCACUCUCACCUGCAGCACCACCUCCCCCUGCUCCGAGAGCCCCUCCUCCACCCUGAGCACCAGUGCUGGAGGCCAGCUUUUGUCCCAGCCUUUAUCCUUACCUUCAACUCACUGCAGCACGAGCACCAGCCCCAGUGGGACCCUCUCCAGCUCUGUGCCCAGCCAUGGCCCUGGUCCCCUCGCUGGGAGCAGCCCUGGGCCUCCUUCUCAAAGCCCUACCUCCACCCUAGGGAGCAAGGAUAGUGGAAUCAUAGCAACCAACACUAGUUCCUCUGAGAAUGAGGAGCGCAGCCCAUUCAGUGAACGUCUGACUAAGGAAGAAGGCCCGGGGGGCGGUGCUGGUGUAAUGGGCCAUGCAAGCGAGGACCGCCAUCCCGGGCCAACCAGGGACAAUCUGACCCCCAGACCAGAUGAGGCCUUACCUAGAACCGACAUCACAGAGCCCAGGACUCCACCAGCACCGAAAAGACCCCUCCCACAGCACCACAUACAGUGCACUUCCUCCCUUGUGAUGCCACGUCCAAACUCUGUGGCAGCAACCAGCUCCACUCGAUUGGAAGAUUUGAGUUUCCUGGACAACCAAAGGGCCGCUGGACACAGGAGCUCCGUCCGCAAACACAACACAGCUGGACGCACAAAUGAUGACUCCAAAGGGAGAUUGGUGCCAUUCAAACAAGCUGACAUCAUGCUCAAACCGCUGCUGUUUGAAGUCCCCGGCAUCACCGCAGAGACACCUUUUGUUGGCCGGGAUUGGCUCUUCACACGUCUGGAGGAGGUCCUGAGAAAGACGAGCAGCUGUGAGGGACGUGGGGCUGUCAUUGUGGGUAACGCAGGAUCCGGGAAGACAGCUAUCAUCUGGCGGCUGGUGACGCUUUGCUGCCAUGGGAAGCGAACACCACAGGGAGGUCCCAGCAUCCCUCACAGCCCCAGCUCCUCCCCCAAAUGUGGGGAUAAGCAGGGAAAAGCAGUCUCCAAACAGCCGCCAGCUGACUCCCAGCCCAACCAGAGUGCUGUUGCAGGAACAAGCGAUAUUACAGCACAGAGGAAAGAGGCUGUCAGAUGCCUGGCUGCCAAGGUGGUGGCGUACCAUUUCUGUCAGGCGGACAACACCUACACCUGCCUGGUUCCAGAGUUUGUGCACAGCGUCGCCGCCCUGCUGGCCAGAGCCCCACAGCUCGCCCCGUACAGGGAGCUGCUGGCACAAGAGCCCCACCUUCAAAACACUCUCAGUCUGAGAUCCUGCGUUCAGGACCCCAUCGCUGCCUUCAGAAAGGGAAUCCUGGAACCCAUAGCCAGCCUGCGCAAGGAGCGCAGGCUGCCUGAAGAAGACUACAUUAUAUUGGUCGACAGUCUUAAUGAAGCAGAGUUCCAUAAACCAGACUAUGGGGACACCAUCGCCACUUUCAUUACCAAAAUAGUCUCCAAAUUCCCCCCCUGGCUAAAGUUGGUGGUCACAGUGAGGACAAGUCUGGUGGAAAUCACCACACUCCUUCCCUUCUCUGGUAUCUCUCUGGACAUUCUGCCAGACAGCAGUGAUCUGGGCGCUGACCUGAGCGACUACAUCCAUCAUCGGGUCAGCAGCAGCACCCAGGUCGCCAUCAACGUCACCACGCCAACAGGCUCCGUCCCUGAUCAGCUGCUCCUCAGCAAGUUCAGCAGCCACCUGUCAACACGCAGCCACGGCUCCAUCCUGUACCUGCAACUGACCCUGGAUCUGUUCCACAAGGGCCACCUGGCUCUGAAAGGAGGAAACUACCUGGUGGUGCCCGUGUCCCUGUCGGAGGUGUACCUGCUGAUGUGUCGUGUGAGCUUUCCGGAUAAAGAGGCCUUUGAACUGGUGCUUCCGGUGCUAAAUGUGGCGCUGGCUUCUCUGCACCCACUGACUGACGAACAAAUGUUCAGGGCGCUGAACGCAGGCAGUGUGAGGGGGGAGCUGGAGUGGAAGGACUUCCAGCUGAGAUUAGACAGCCUGGCUGGAUUCAUGGUGAGACGCAGGGACGGCACACGGAUGCUUUGUCAUCCCUCCUUCAAAGAGUGGCUGGUGUGGAGAGCAGAUGGAGAGAGCAGUGACUUUCUCUGUGACUCUAGGAGUGGCCACGCUCUCCUGGCCUUCAUGUUCUCCAGGCAGGAGGGCAAGCUGAACCGGCAGCAGACCAUGGAACUGGGACACCACAUCCUCAAGGCUCACAUAUUCAAGGGUCUCAGUAAGAAGACAGGUGUGUCCUCCAGCGUUCUCCAGGCGAUAUGGGUGAACUGCAGCACAGACAGUUUGUCCGCUGCACUGGCCUCGCUGAGAAACCUAUAUACACCUAACAUCAAGGUAAGUCGUCUGUUGAUGCUAGGUGGCGCUAGCGUGACCUGGUGUACUGAGGUGGUUGGACAUGCGCCCAUCCUGGCCGUCCACGCUCACCUCGGGCACGUGGAGAUGGUGGCUCUGCUGCUUGAAUAUGGUGCUCCGCUAGAUGGGACCACCGACAGUGGCAUGACGCCCCUCUGUCUGGCUGCCGCUGCGGGACACACAGACAUCGUCAGUGCGCUCUGCAAGAAAGGGGCCAUGGUGGGCCAUGCUGAUAAGAGUAACCAGUGUGCCCUGGUCCACGCUGGGCUGAAGGGCCAUGCAGAAAUCAUCACCAUCUUGCUGGGCCAGGAUUGGGGAGCAGAGGUUCCCGCUGACCCACAGCAGCACCACAGCACUGAAGCUGUGACUGGGAAAGCAAAGGCAGCUCAGCAGGCGGCUACCGCUGCAGCUAGUGUGGGAAACACACAGGUGGUAAAGAGCUUGCUGGAUUUGAAAGAUGAACAGCUGGACGUGCAGAUGGACGCUCACGACUCUCUCUGGGGAGAAACGGUGCUGAGCGCGGCAGCAGGAAGAGGGAGGAUGGAGGUGUGUGCGUUCCUCCUGGAGGGGGGGGCAGGGCUGGAGAUACCGAACCGCAGGGGGAUGGUCCCGCUGCUCAGUGCCACCAAACAUGGACACACACAGGUUGUUGAGUUGCUGCUAAAGCACGGUGCAGAUAUCAACGUCUCUGAGAAGCAGGGUCGCAAAGCCCUGAUGCUCGCCGCCUCAGAGGACCACACCAGCACUGUGGAAGUGCUGCUGUCAAAGGGUGCCUCUCCGUCUGCUGCGGAUCAGGACGGGCUGACCGCCCUGAGCUGGGCGUGUCUGAAGGGGCAGAAAGGUGCGGUGCAGCUGCUGGCGGAGGCCGGCGCCGACCUGAACCACCCGGACCGACAGGGGCGGACCCCUCUGGACCUCGCUGCUCUGAACGGGGAGGCAGAUAUAGUUCAUUGCCUUGUGGAACAUGGAGCGGUGUUGGAGAGAGACACCACCGCCACCAGAGGCUCGGAGCGGGGGCCGGGCUGCCAGAACCCCGCCCUGGUGGCCUCGCUGCUGAAGAAAGGAUCCAAGAUGGGCUACAAAACGGCUCCACAUGAUCGAUCAGGUCACGCUACAUGGGCUAUGGCUUCCUCCAAACCAGACAUCCUCCUCAUCCUCCUGCAGAAGCUGAUGGAGGAAGGGAACAUGCUUUACAAGAAGGGACGUAUGAAGGAGGCAGGCCAGCGUUAUCAGUAUGCCCUGAGGAAGCUACCUCGUGAGGGGCAAGGAGACGAGCUGAAAGGGCUCAAAGAGCUGCGGGUCUCCCUCUAUCUAAACCUCUCCCGCUGCCGCAGGAAAACCAAUGAUUUUGGGCUAGCAGAGGAGUUUGCCACAAAAGCCCUGGAACUCAAACCCCGGUCUUAUGAAGCGUAUUAUGCCAGAGCACGUGCCAAGAGGAGUAGCAGGCAGUUUGCUGCAGCGCUGGCAGACCUCCACGAAGCAGCACGACUCUCGCCGUCCAACCGGGAGAUCAGGCGCCUGCUGGUCCGGGUAGAAGAGGAAUGCAAACAUCAUCAGAAGGCGUGCAGCAACAACAUGGCACAGGGUUACAACAGGGACCCUCACACCCACCACCAUCAAACCCCAGAGGAAGAGGCAGACGUCUAUUCGCAGGGAAGCCUUGAGAGGCAAGUCCCUGCGGAGCACACUGAUGCAGAGAGGGAGGAGGACAAGGACGAGGAGGAGGAGGAAGCCAGCUUGCAGUGUGGGAAAAGUCCUGAGUUUUGGCUCCUGAAUCCGUACGCUCCCAACAGGACCCUCCCUGGAGGCGUGGCCUUUGGUUUAUCAGAUCAGCCGCCAUGUUUCCCUCAAGAGGAAUAUGUGCAGAACCAACUGUUUGUGGAGUUGCCCGAGCCCGUUUCUGCUCUGAACAGACAGAGCCAGGGCCUCAGCAGGACUCAUCACCACUGCCACUCUCUCCAGACAGGGGGCCGGGUCGGGGGCCGGCCUCUCUCUCUGUGCGGCCCCUCCAGUCCACUGCCAGGCAGACAUAUGUCCGCUUCCCUGAGGCCGGCCCCCGUGCUCGGUAUUGACAUCGGCUAUGGAUUAGCCAAUGAACACCCGGGACACAGCCCCACUGAGCUCUAUCACCCCAUGUCUCCCAACAGCUCCUCCCCACCCGGGCCCCUCCAUAUGUACCAGCCCCGCUCCUCCAGCUUCUCCAGGGGCUCGGACAGACUGUCCACCCACUCUGUGGCUCUGGACGGCCUGGCUCUCGCCCUGGGGGCCGGUAUGGAGGUCAGGAGGGAUGGUGGGGGAGGAACAGCGGGCUCAAGGGGGUCCAGCUCCAGUCAGGCCUCCAGUGGGAACCUGUCAGACGGCGGCAGGCAGCAGGUGGUGGACGCCCCCUGCCCCCUCAAGAGUAGCGGGAGCUUCAAGACCAAACCUGAGCUGAAGCCCCGCCCCUUCAUGGGAGUGAUGGACAAAUCAGUGCGAGUCCAGGGCCAGCAGACCUCUGGCCUGAGCCGACAGGGAGGAGGGAUGGAGGGUCUCAGUAUGUCAGUCAUGGAGUUUCAAGGGUUGAGCAAUGAGUUCAAACGCGCUUCAUUCCAGGAGCAGCAGAGCCGGGAGUUUGGGGAGCGGAUCCUCCAGCGAGAGUCCAGAGUCAGCGCGUCCUCACAGCUCCGCUUCCCCGACGGGAGACACAGACAGGCCAGCCUCACCAGAGACAACCCCGCUCUGCAUAUGGCGCCCAUCAAACCCAAACGCUCAUUUAUAGAGUCCAACGUGUGAAUUUACUUUAUCAAAGCACAGGUUUUCAACAAACUUUGUCCCACAUAAGGUAGCAAGGGAGCUAGCUGAGAAGCUAGCUGCUUCCCUGGUGAGCCUGUUUUGUAGAGUUAUGUUGCUGAACUGCAUUUAUAAUCUAGAACCAGUGUUCAACUCAGGCUACUACGCUUCUGCUUACAUGUCUACAGCUACACUAGUGUAUACAAGAAAACCAGACAUACCUUAAGUAGGGAUUUAAAAAAAAAAAAAGUAAUAUAUUGUCUUAACUUUUCAUUUAUUAUAACAAAUAUAGAAGUCAGAGAAAGCUUUUGUGCACGAAUAUUAAAAAAAAAACCUCAUGCUAUUAGUUGCAGGAUAUGACCAUUUCUAUCGUCAAGUGUCUUUUAAAAAACAUUUAUAUUUGUACGGUGUACACUAUAUUUGCAGAUUAUAUAUUUCCCUGUAAGUGGUUAUCCGUCAGCAUUACAGGCUUGAAAAGAAAUUACUUUGUGUGCUUGAGAUUCUUUUUCUUGGUACAUUUGAUAAAAGAUGAGCUGUACGACUAUAGUCACAAUCUAAUAUUGAAUUGAUUGCUUCAAUAUUCACAGUAUAUGUAAUUUAUUUUUGCAUAGCAGAGAACAUAUUCAUAAUAAGUGUUUAUUGCUUUAUUUGGACAAAGAGCGAGAGCGUUUACACAAGCAGUCAAGGAAACAGUCGAGGAUAGAACAUAUUAAGACUGUGUACAUUGCUGUAUGUCCAUAGUUGUCAUAUACCCUUUUCUGAGUCAGUCUAUGGAUUACAGAAUGUUACCACAUUAUCAUUGUGGUAUAAUAAAAUCUUAAUGGAGGA